AUGCCCCUUUUGAUCCUUUCCCUGGAAGUCUCCUAUCUACGCUCUCUGCCCUUCAACUUGGGUUACUUAGCAGCGAUCUACGGGCUCCCGCGGGUAUCAGACUCAUCGGAGCGGCGGAGAGGGCGGGGCCGGGAGCGCGGAGCCGCGCGGGCGCGCUCGGGAGGGACUGGAGCCCCGCGCCCGAAGCUGCCAGAUCCACCGCGGGAGCGGAGCCGCAGCCAGAGCAGCCUGAGCAGCUGCAGCCAGUCCGAGCUCGCGGUUCCGCGUCCGCCGGCCUAUCCGCGUCUAUUCCCGGCACGCAGAAAGAGGCGAAAGGGGGCAGGGGGAGGGGAGCGGCGGCUGCGACCUCCGUUCCCACGCUCGGAACAUUAUCGACCCUGCCGGGCCUGGUCACGGCCUGAUCACCAAACACGCAGGCGGUCGGGGUCAGUCAGUGACCUCAUCCUGACAGUCUGGGGACCAAAGAUGGAAAAAGACAACCGGAUUCCGUGUGAAAGCAUCGCGUGAGCUUAGGGCGCGGAGG